GUUCCGGCUGCCCGGCGUUGGACAGAGCAUCAACCUGUGGAGUUUUCUACAGUCGGACAUCGGCCACUUUGGGAUCAGGCAAUUUCCCGUCGCUCACAGCUGGCUGUUCCUGCUGGGGGGUUAACGACUGCCAUUAGUGUUUCUCUUAGUUUGACUUAACGUUGCCUACUUAGCAUUAAACCAUCGGCAUUAUUGCUGAGCACACGAAUUGGCUCGUUAACGUUAGCCGGCAUCAUGGAGCGCAGUAGCUGGAGCGGCAGCGAGAGUCCUGGGGAGGACAUGGACAGACUUAGUGACUCAGGAGGGGACAAGACCAUGGACGGGGACCCCGAGGGGGUCUGGAGCCCCGACAUCGAGCAGAGCUUUCAGGAGGCCCUGGCCAUCUACCCGCCCUGUGGAAGGAGGAAGAUUAUACUGUCGGACGAGGGGAAGAUGUACGGCCGAAACGAGCUGAUAGCCAGAUACAUCAAACUCCGAACAGGCAAGACGCGGACGAGGAAACAGGUAUCCAGUCACAUCCAGGUCCUGGCGAGAAGAAAAUCCAGAGAGUUUCAGUCCAAACUAAAGGACCAGGGCGCCAAGGAGAAAGCUCUGCAGAGCAUCUCCUCCAUGUCCUCGGCCCAGAUCGUCUCCGCCACCGCCAUACACAGCAAACUGCUGCCUGGAAUAGUACGAGCCAGCUUCCCCGGCAGCGCACAGGUAGCAACAUGUGAAAUGCCCGGGGGACAGUCCAGCUCCACCACAGAAGACAUCAAGCCGUUCUCUCAGCAAGCCUACAAUGUGCAGACAGCAGGGACCACCACCAUCUCAGCCUAUGAGCCUCCCACUACAGCCCAAACACACAGAGAGCCAGCGUGGCAGGGUCGCUCCAUCGGCACCACCAAACUACGACUGGUGGAGUUUUCAUCUUUCCUGGAGACACAGAGGGACCAAGAGGCCUACAACAAGCACCUGUUUGUCCAGAUCAGCCAGAGCAGUCCGACCUACAGCGACCCGCUGCUGGAGUGUGUGGACAUCAGGCAGAUCUACGACAAGUUCCCCGAGAAGAAGGGCGGCCUGAAGGAGCUGUUCAGCAAGGGUCCGCAAAACGCUUUCUACCUGAUCAAGUUCUGGGCGGACCUGAAUUACAACGUGCAGGACGACCCUGCGGCUUUCUACGGCGUCAGCAGCCAGUACGAGAGCUCGGAGAACAUGACCAUCACCUGCUCCACCAAGGUCUGCUCCUUCGGCAAGCAGGUGGUCGAGAAGGUGGAGACGGAGUACGCCAGGUUUGAGAACGGACGCUUCGUCUACAGAAUCAAUCGCUCGCCCAUGUGUGAAUACAUGAUCAACUUCAUCCACAAGCUCAAACACCUGCCUGAGAAAUACAUGAUGAACAGUGUGCUGGAGAACUUCACUAUUCUGCUGGUGGUGAGCAACAGAGACACUCAGGAGACCUUGCUGUGUAUGGCGUGUGUGUUCGAGGUGUCCAACAAUGAGCACGGAGCACAGCACCACAUCUAUCGACUCGUCAAGGAAUAACACACACACUUACAGACACAGAGGAAACACACACGCACACACAACACACACACACACACACAUAUAUGGCCUUUGUUUCGGCGUUUCUCAGCCUUCGACUUUAAAUGGCUGCACGUUCACUGAGGCUUCUGGGAAAAAUCCUGACAAAGGGGUGGUUUUUAACGUCAGAUACCUUCUGCUGCAGCAUCGUCCCCCAACAAGAGCAUCUUAACGCAAAUGAUUAACGCCAACGGGAAUAUCAGACGCUCGCGAGCUGUGUGAAAAACAAGCUCAGUGACGGUGCAGCCAUGGAAACACACUAAAAUCGAAGAACAUCCCGACUCAGAUUUCAUCAGGAGAUGUCACGUCUCCUGCUAAUUGGUUCCCAACCUCUCUCUCUCUCUCUCUCUCUCUCUCUC